AUGAGCGUGUCUCACCGAUUUUGUUUUCUACCCCUUGCUGCUCCUGUUCUUGCUGCGCCAUCCACCGCCACUGUUUCGCUCCCUCUUCCCCGCCCCCCCCGAUCUGCUGCUGUCCCAUGCACACCUUUUGCCGGUGGUGGUCGCAUUACAUCAACGUUUGGUGCUACGUACACGCGAUCGGGAUGGCGCGGUUGGCGUGGGAUUGGCUACUCUUAUAUCGGUGCGCAUAGGGUGGGCAAGCUGGCGAGCCGCGGCGAAGGCCAGGGCCAGGCAGCGGGCGCAGGAGCCAUAGCCGACUCCUUGUCCAUUCGGGGAACGGGGCACGCGACCGGAAGCUUCCGGAGCCCGAUUCAUGGCUCCAGCCCCAGCCCCAGCUACCCGAUGGCUGUCGGUAGCAGAAGCACCAAGAGCAGCAGCUACAGCCGGCCCGUAUACCACCGGGGAUCCGGCGGCAGUGGCAGCUAUGGCGGUAGCGGCGGUAGUGCCGACCGACAGCGUAACAACAGCGCCAGUAGCGCUGACGAAAUCGGGGCUCACAAAGCCAAGGGCGGAGGAGGUGGCGGGAGCGGCGGGGGGGCGGGGCGAGGAAAGCUUCGGCCGUGGACCGCAGGCCACCGCCAGCGCCAGCAGCCGUCCACCUCGCCGAGGCUCACCGGAUCACGAUCAGGAUCGGGAUCGGGAUCUGGGUCCGGGUGCGGUGGAAGCGAGCCUGGGAGCGACGAGGUUGAUGGCGGCGGCGGCGGCGGCGGCGGCGAAGGGGGUAGGACAACGGCAGCGAGCGAAGGCGGCGGCGAUAUCGUGAAGAUCCAUGUCUGUGAUGAGGGGCGUGGCAUAACGAGAGAUUUUCCGUGCGAGAGGCGGCUUCUGCUACGAGAGAUGAAGUACUUCCAAUCCUACCUUGUCGGAGCGUCCAGUCCUUACGACGAGAUAGACAUCCUCGUUCACUGUGACGUGCGCAUCUUCGAGUGGCUCUUCCAGUACAUUCACAGCAGUGACGGGAAGACAACCAGCCGUAGCAACAGGAGCCGCGGCAGCCACGACAACGAUGCCGAACACGAUGACAAUCACGGCGAUACGAGUAAGCGGACAAGGGAUAGUAGCAGCAGAAGUGGCGACAACAGCAGUGAAGGCGGAGCGGCAAGCGGUGGCGGCGGUGGUGGCGAUAGCAGCGGGUCGAGGCCUGACAUGGCUGGGCCUCCUCCUCUGGAGGUGCCGCUAGCGGUGUCGAUCCUCAUCUCGUCGGAUUUCCUGCAGAUGCAGCGGCUUGUGGCCGAGUGCCUGGGGUUCGUCGGGGAGCACCUAACGGAGAUUGUGAAGCUGCCGAUCGACUUGUCUUGUCUCAACGACAAGAUGGUGCUGCAGCUCGCAAAGAUUGUGACCCUGGAUCAACUGGCCGUGGCGAAGGACCGGAAGGACAAGCUGCUCAGUCGCGUGCACAAGAAGCGCAUCGAGAUCGACUUCCGUGACCGCUCCCCUCACAGCGACAACGCCAUCCACUGUUGCCGGUACUGCGCCGGGCUCUUCUCGGAGAAGGUACGCGACGUGAUGAGUUGCCGCGCGGCUCCUCCCACGGUGAGCUUUCGAGGCCAGCUGCUGCGGCGUCACGAGCCGCUGUCGCCCUGGAGCCUCACCCGAACGGUCACGUCUCUUCACCGAAAGGGCAUGAGUUGGACCGCGGUCUAUUGGUUCCUUUGGGGCCUUACGCAGCCGCUCUACUGCGUCAGGUGCCGCGAGGUUUUUCUGGCGGGGGACAUCGGGCACUGCCGUUCUCACCCGCAACAAGCGUUCUUCCCGGGGGACAGCGGCUGCGGCAGCAGCACAACCGGCGCCAGUACCACCGGAAUCUCGGGAGAAGAGCGGGGCGGUGUUGGGGUGGGAGCGGCUGAUGGGUACUACCCUUGCUGCCAAAGCCCCGUGAACAGGUUUAGCCUGGAGCCUCCGCCGCUGGGCUGUGUGAGCCUCGACCACGUCGUCAGAGACGCAGACGAGGACCCCCUGGUGCUGAGGGUGCUGCAGCUCCAGAGAGCCAACAUCUCCUACCAGGACUGGAGGGAUGCCGUGAACGAGGAAACAAGAGCAGUAGUCAAGAGCGCGGUGGGACCGGGCAGCGACGGUGGUGGCACCAAUAGCACCGGCGGCAGCAGCGGCGGCGGUAUCGGCGCGGCGGGAGACGCAGCGACCGGGAAGGGGGGGACUAAUGAUGCUUCCACCAACUACGGUAGUCGCGGCAACAGCAGCGGCGGGGACCGUGUGCGUGGCGGUGGCGGUGGCGGUGGGGGUGGGUUCGGGAUCGUGGGCACCGACAAGGCUGCUGCUUUCCUGGAGCGAUGCCAGCACCCAAAUAAGUUCGGCACUUUCUACGAGCUCGUCUGCCGCUUCCAUCAACAACCUUGACCCUAUCCUCAACCGACCAGGUGCCCGCCAAACGGCAAGCGAGUGCGGGAAGCAAGCGACCCCCGAGGGGCCCCGACUUUCCCCCCGCUGUGGUCACGACAACAACUACCACCACAACCACCUCUAUCGCUGCCACGGGCGGUAGCGGCGGCAGCCCGGCCGUCCCGAAGGAUAGCGGCAGCAGCAAUAGCUCUGGCGGCGGCACCAGCACCAGCACCAGUGGCAACAGCAGCAGCGGAAACAAUAGCGGCCAGAUGACGCCAUCAUCAUCAUCAUCAUCGCCAACAGCACGAGUAGCAGCACCACCAGCGGCAGGCCAAAGACCAGCUUCGGCAGGAAGCAAAGCGAACGGUGGUACCGGUGGCAUCGGUGACGGCGGGGUGUCGAGUGGCCGCGCUGGGGACGCUGCUGCAACGCCAGGAGAGCCACCAACACCAGCAGGGCUCCCGGCGGGAGGAAUUAAUCGUGGCGAAGGGGGCACCGUGGUUGUACCGACGGCGGCGACGGGCAUGAAUUGCCGUAGGAUCUGGGAGGUUCGCGCGUCGGAGUUGCUGUCCGACAGGGAGAGGGGGUUAUUGCCGAACGAGCACCCGGUUCAGCGUGUGUCGCUACAGGGGGGCUUCGCAGAUUGGGACAACGCGCCAAGAGACUGUUCUCGGAU